GAUGUCAGAUGUCAGCAUGCAAGACAUUUCCAACACAAGCUGAUGCUUCUGAGUGUCAUUAAAAUUAUCUGUCCAUUUGUUUUUUUAUAUAUACAUUUUUUGCAUAUGCCUACUUUUCUUCAUCAAUAUAUACAUGCUGUAGCUAUUGAGAAUUAUUUUUUUACUUUUUGCUUUUUUUAAGAAUCAUCUGGAAAUAAUUUGAUCCUAAAUUAGCAAUCUGAAUUUACAUUAAGGAAAUUAAAUGCUGUUUCAGUUUAUUUUAAGUCACUUUUUAUUUAUCUAAAAAGCUUCAAAUUGAAUAAAGUGUGCCUUUUCUCCCCAAAAGGUUUUUUUUUCUGACCAAUUUUAUGAAUAAUAUGUCUUUCUGUACAUUUUGUACCCACAGGAGUCGGUGAAAACAAUGUCCCACUUCAUCCUUGCAACUUUGACUUGAAUGUAAAUCACAGCUUUGUUUUUCUUUUAAAACAAAGUAGUUAUCAUUGGGAUUUAUGUGGCUCCAGCCUUUUGUUCAGCUCCUCGCUCUUAAACUGGAUUUACACUCGUGUUUAACACGUUUAACUUAAUCCCUCCUAAACUGAAGAUUCGUACCUGUGAUCUUCGCCAUGUUACUUACUUUUCUAAACCCGGCUCAAGAUAUUUUGUCUAAUUUUCAGAGGUGUGGACUCGAGUCACAUGACUUGGACUCGAGUCAUUAUUUUAGUGACUUCUGACUUAACUUGAUAAAAUCUAUAAAGGCUUACGUCUUGACUAAGACUUAAACUCCAAUGGCUUGCAACUUGAAUCGACUUGCAUCUGUUGACUUGAUGUUGACUUGAGCACAAAAGUGGCAGGACAUGGACAAAAAUCAUAAAUGAUUCUUUGUUCUGGGCUGAAUCUUGUAUGGCUAAAUGAAGCAGCACUUUGUUUAUAAUCAGUUUCAGUUGUACUUUCUGCUUGUUUGAGCAAAUAAAUGAAGCUUUAAUUCUGGAAUUUAUUUAUUAUCGUUGUCAUUAAAUUGAAGUUGGGCAGAUGACCUGAUUAUGGCUUGAAUAUUCAAAGUUAAGGACUUGGACUUCCACAUCAUUGACUUUGGACUCGACUUGGACUUGGUUGUCUUUGACUUGGACUUGACUCGAGACUUGACUGGAAAGACUUGUGACUUGCAAAGCAGUGACUUGGUCAAACCUCAUCUUAUUUUAACUUAUGAAAAAUAAGAAUAAGAAUAUUCUCCAAAAUGAGCUUAUCUCAGUUUAUAUGAAUGACCUGCUUGUUAUUUCCAAACGUUGUGGCACGUGCAUUUUGCAGGAAUUUUACACGAUUAUUAUUCAGUCACAAGGUUUGUGCUAUUUUUCUGUUUGGACAUUUCAGAGACCAUGUUUUUAAGAAAGAAACUAUAAGGAGUCUUAUUUAGGUAAUUUGACUUGCUUUCCACGAAUGGGGCCUUUCCACAGGAUGCAUAAGCAAAACGUAACGUUAGCUAAACGUACUACGCAGCAGUUAGCUGCUGUUAUAGUGGACGGGCGCGUUUCCAGUGGCUGUAAAAAGCAGCUUUUUGGAUUCGUCCCAGAAGCACAGGGACGUGUUGCCUACGCUCCAGGUCUAUUAUUUUUUUAUGCGCUAUGCUUCCAAAACUCAUCAACCUCCCGUUCAUAUCAGGCCAGACAGGAAGUCACACACAAAAGAAGAGUAAAACAUCUGGAAACUUUCAAAAUAAAAGUUACAUGCAGAUUUCCAGUACAGAAGCUAAACAAUCUGCACAUAUGAACCUCCCCCUGCUCUCACUUCAUUAGGACCACGCACACACACACACACACACACUUCCUCGCUCUCACGGGAGAUGCACGGAAAGUGAAACGUCCCCCCUCACCACCGUAACGGGACACACACGGAAGCAAAACAGUCCGCGCACAGCUGAAGGAGAAACACAGAGACCGUUAGCAACCAUUGGAUAAUCUGGUUGUCGUCUAGCCAAACCGAUGCACUUCCCUGGGUCCUCCAGUCACUACGCACUUGUGCGUUUUGCAACAGAACACUGCUGGUGUGAGGGAAGAUACCUGAGGGGAGGGGUCGCCGACGACCUCAGCGCUUCCCUCCCCGCUAAACCGACCUGCAUCCCAUCAGCAGACAUGAUCAUCAGACUAGGACGACUGACGCCCGGAUACUUUCGCCUUCUCCAGAGGCAGGUUGCCGGUGAGGUGCAGACGCAGCCGCAGGACCGCGCCAUCAACCAGAUAGCCAUGAUGCUGGCCAUCAUGGGUCUGAGUUUGUCCUACUACAGCGCCAAACAGAUGACGGAGAAGGUCCACGUCCAGCCUGCACCCUGAAGAGACUCGACUGUGGAGAGCGCAGACGAACCAAAGAGAAGUGGAGCGAAGGAGCAAAGUGAAGUUGCAGCAAUGUCCCCCAGGACCGCAAGUCCUUCAUUGGUCAAAUUCACACUUGGACACUAAGUUUCAGGGAUCCUUCUGACAUCAUGGGCUGCUAUUAAGUCUUUUUUACCAUACCUUAUGUUCCCAGAACCUUCGGGGGCUUGUGGGAGGGGCUGGCUCUGGGUCACAGAGAGGACGAGUUUGGGUGGGUGAUCAAACCCGAAUCGAUGUCUGAGCAUUAGUCGUUGCAGUAGCACACGCUUGCAGGAUGCCAUCAAGUAAUAAACAACAACUAACUGUGAAGAAAAAGUUAAAUUUUAUGAACUUUUAUACAUUUUUUAGGGACGGCUGAUUGCAAACGAGUUGUUUUGCAAUGAAGUGACGCCAGACGAGUUGAUGAAGUCGGCCUAAAACAUCUAGAUAUCUGAUUUUCAUGAGCAAAAGUAAUGUCCUUGUGAACAGAUCAGUCAGUAGCUGUACUCUGAUGUCGACAUGAGCUGUAUCUGUCUGAGAUUCUGUGAAUAUUUUGCACAAAACUGCCGAAACCUUUUAAAAUACUACAGUAGAUCUGCAAAGGGGCGUCGCCUUUCUCACUGUUGCGUGAUGUCACUGUUUUGACUAAAUUCUAGGAAGCCUUGCGAGUGAGUGAGUGAGUGAGUGAGCCUUUUAACUUUGCAGAAUCUACUGACGUUUCACUUUAUGAAUGCGUGUGUGUGUGCCGAUCCAAAGUUUCACGAGUCUUGUUUUUGUUGAUGAAUGAUUGUGUCACUUUACUUUGUAAGGGUUUAAUAAAGCUGUGAACGUUUUGAA